AUGUCCGAGAAGCGUCAGCCUCGUCGCAAGACGCCGUUAGCUUGUCAAUCCUGUCGAAAUCGCAGAACAAAAUGCGAUGGUUCUAUGCCUGUCUGUCAGGCCUGUCAACGACGAGGUCUUGACAUCUCGCAGUGUGUCUACACGAUCGAGAAUGCGCGAACCGCCAAUAGGGACUCUUACAUUCAAUCCCUGCAUGACCGUAUUCGUGCUCUGGAGCAGACUAUAGAGCGAAACGGAAUCGGUGGCUCGCCGGCGGCGAAUGCAGCAGUAGAAGAUCCGGCGCCCUCCAGAGCAGCUGAGGCGGGUAGCUUCCGUGAUCCACCGACCCCUAUCGUAGGGACGGUCACGGAAUGCUACCGCCCAGUUCAACAUCGUGCCACCGAAAUCGUUUCACCAGACUCUCUAGAAUCAGGGUCCACUGGCGUAGAAAAUGGAGUUACUGCCAUGGGCACCCUCGACCACGACGGAGACAUUUCAGGCGUGGUAGAAGAUUCGGAGCAUUUCUACGGUAGCUCUUCGGCCGCCUCAUUCAUGAGACAAGCUGUGGAGUCUGCCAACAGCCCGGAAUUCUCACCAAUUGGUGCAAAUGCUUCAACCGGGGAUACUUCGACUCGCCAGAGCCAGACGCAAACAAGAGGGCGCAGCCUCGGCUUCAUGGAUCGUGCGUAUUCUGAGAACUACAGUCUUCCCCCGCGGUCACUCGCGGAUCACCUACUCAGCCGCUUCUGGGAGAAGGUCUACUAUCUUUAUCCCGUUUUUCAUAAACCAACCUUUGAAGACGCCUAUCGACAUCUUUGGGAGCCGCAGAGAGACGAAAGCAACCCAUCGGGAAGCUUUCCCAACGUUGGCCUCGGCAGCCCUCCAAAUGGCAAUGCUCAUACAAUGCUGUUCCAGUGUGCCUUGAAUAUCAUAUUUGCCAUUGGUGUUUCAUUCUCGGAUAUUCCGCCAGCCGAGAAAGAGGCUGCCGCGAGAACCUUCUUCCUGAGGGCUAAAUCCUUCAUCGGUCUGGAUAUGUUGGACAUUAACAAUAUUGGAUUGGCCCAGGUCAUGUUGCUAGUGACCAUCUUCCUGCAGAGCACGCCGUUCCCAAGUCGCUGUUGGCACGCAAUCGGCAUAGCAUGCCGAGUCGCCCAGGGGUUGGGCCUGCACACGUAUAAGCCUCGAAGGGGCGAAAGCCAGCUUGAAAUUGAAAUCAGCCGACGAACUUGGCAGGGCUGUGUCAUCCUCGACAUGACUGUAAGCAUGACACUUGGACGUCCUGCAAUGACGACUCACCUACCAGAAUACCCAGCCUCCGUGAGCUACCCAGAAACCAGCACGGAAAUGUCCAUGUCUGUUCAAGAUCAUGAGGAAUUCAAAAUGAUAUUUUUCGUCGAGUAUUAUCGCUUGUGCCAUCUUCUUAGAGACAUUUUGGGGCAGGUCUAUCAAGGCGGUAAUUACGGCCCAAUGGCUGAUCCAGCGCCACCAGGUAAGUAUGCCGACGAUCUCACUGCCAUCCUCCAGUUAGAACGCAGACUGCUUGUGUACGAGGAGUCCUUGCCUCCAAUCUUGUCAUGGCAACGGCCCUUGGACCUGAACCAAGUCUCGCCUACCUUGAAAGCGACUACUGAAACGCAACGACUGGUCCUGCACAGAAGGUGA